UUUUCAUCAACCCAAGAGAUUUAAGGAAUUAUCAGUUUAAUUUAAGAAAUGUGAAAGAGUGCUGUGACUUUAUACAAUGUGAUUCGUCUAAGUGUCCCGAGUGUACGGAGAGAGCUUGUGCAUGAGGUAGAUCUAAAUGGCUUAUCAACAAACUUUAAAUUUGUAAGUUUUAUCUAGACUUUUGUGGAGUGAGCAGUUUGCUUAACAAAAAAAAAUCAGGAUUAAAGAGCAUUGUUUUCCGUCGUUGGUGGUGUUAUUUUGGUUUCCAAUCACUGACAGAAGAGAGGCUACACAAGGUCCUAAAGAUGGCAGCCGCACCAAAAAUAUCACGUGACUGACACCCAUAAACAGUGUGUUGCUGCAUAGCUCCGCAUUCGUGUGUUUCAAGUAGGUCCUGUAAGCGAUUGUAAGCUUAUUUCUGUACUUUCCUGCUCUCCAUAAGCUCGGCUGUGCUGCGUGUAGAAUUGGAAAGUCGUAAACAUGUCAGGAAGAGGUAAAGGAGGUAAGGGACUCGGGAAAGGAGGCGCUAAGCGUCACAGGAAGGUUCUUCGGGAUAACAUCCAGGGCAUCACCAAACCCGCCAUCCGUCGUCUCGCUCGCCGCGGCGGGGUCAAGCGUAUCUCCGGUCUGAUCUACGAGGAGACCCGCGGUGUGCUGAAGGUGUUCUUGGAGAACGUGAUCCGCGAUGCCGUGACCUACACCGAGCACGCCAAGAGAAAGACCGUCACCGCCAUGGACGUCGUGUACGCGCUGAAGCGACAGGGACGCACUCUGUACGGCUUCGGAGGAUAAACUCAUCUGUACACUCACAAACUCCCAACGGCUCUUUUAAGAGCCAC